UCACUUACUGCCGAGAAAUCAGAUACUUCCCAGACAAGCUGUAGCUCAGAGCCACUCGGAAUAAGGCAUACAUACAAGUUCCAGAUGAAGUCAGAUUUCGAAGAACCGCAAAACCAGCAUUUCAUGACAUGUAGAAAACAAUGAUUUUACUGGCACAUUGAAACCGGAAAUGAACAGUUGAGCCGAGGGAAUUUCUACGCUUCAUGUUUCGUAUAAAGAGAGGUCGAGAAUCCCAGUACACCUACACUGGAGAUACAACUGGUGACUUACUGAUAAGCAUUAAGUGGAGAGCCUGAUCACUUAAGAAAUAUGAAAACUCUAUCGUUAUUGAUUGUACUGGGAGCUCACUUACCCUUGGUGACAGGUAUUUUUAUAGUCACUGCUCCCAGAACGUCCUACAUUGCAUCCUAUGGAAAUAACAUUACAAUGGAAUGUCAGUUUCCAGUUGAAUCCAACUUUAAUGCAAACCAGAUAAAGGUGUACUGGCAUUAUGUGCUCGAUGAUGGAACUUCUCGAUUGGUUUAUCAGUUGAUGAACGGGAAACCAGUUCUUGAGGCCCAACCCCAGGAAUACCGAGAACGAGCAUUUCUGCUGCUGGAUGAACUCCGCAGAGGUCGUGCAGUGCUGGAGAUUAAUCAAGUUAGAGUUUCUGAUGCAGGGACCUACCGCUGUCUUAUUGAUCUCAAUGGAGUGGAUUAUAAAGAGACUGCACUGGAAGUCAGAGCUUCUUACAAACAAAUAGAGACCAUCAAAACAAAAGAAAAGAAAGAGACAGAGUUUGUCUGUCAAUCCAUCGGAUAUCCUUUAGCUGAGGUUAUCUGGUAUUAUGCAAAUGGAUCUGACAUUAACGAAACAGCAAAUACCACCCACUUUACUGGCACCGAUGGAUUGUACAAUAUCAGAAGUGUACUUAGGAUAAAAGCAGAGACUAAUGAUGCUUAUUUGUGUAUGUUCUGGAAUAAGGAACUUAAUAUGAAUACUUCAGCUAUUUUACACAUUAAAGAAGUGGAAAAGACAGAUGAAAAUUUUGAUAAGUUCCCUUCAAUGAAGAGGAGUUAUCUCAUUGCAGCAAUUGUUGUUCCUGUGACAAUUCUACUUGGAUUCAUUAUGAUUGUGUCCUGCAUCCUAAAAUCAAAACAAAGUGAGCAAGGUAUCAAAAGAAUCUCUGACACCAGCUCAUUAAUAUGAAGCCUUCACUGUCAAAAUUGGGAAGAAUGCUUUCAAAUCCUAAAGUGUGUGAUUUGCUUUUGGAAACAGAAUUGUGUAUAUUUCUACAAUACCAACUGACUGUUCAAUACCAUUCAAACUCUCAAUUUUAUUUUGGCGAUGCACAGAAAAUGCAAAAUUAUCCAUCAACCACUUAAUUAGCCAGCAUUCUACUUGCUCAGCACAUUGAUUGAUCUGCUGUUCAGAUGCAUUGUGAAAAACUACUGCAUGUUUGAAUUUGACUCUGCCGUAUGGUGACAAUUAACUACACAAUUCUCUGAAAUUGGUAACUUAACCUGUGGAAUUGGAGCCAGAUAUAACGCUCUUUGGAGUGGUUUCCAGCAGCUUCAGAAAUCCAGGCUUCAUGUAUGGCCUGCUUUUCUCCUACUAAACUAUCAUGGUUGCCUGGAAAUAAUGUGAGGAAGAAGAAGUUCUGCAACAUUGAGUUGAAUUUAAUAAUUUUACUUAGAAGACAAAAAUUCCAAUUAGAAUGAUGUCACCAAUGUAAAGAGCCAAUGAUUCUUGAAACCAGGCAGUUGGGAAAGUUUUGUUUUGUAGGGAUUUAUGGAAGGGGAAUUUCUUGCUACUUGUUGAAGCCACAGCCAGCAUGUGGAGUUAUUUUAUCAAUGUGACUCAGUUCAGAAUCUGAGGAAUAUCUGUGCCAAAAGCCAGAGUGGUCUGUUGAGCUGGUGCAUUGGACUGUUGGGGAUUUUUUAUAAGCUGUGUGUUCAAACACAAUAGGAAGAAGAGGAGUAGAAAAACUUCCGUUCUGAAUUCUUGGAUCUGCUACUGCAUUUGCAAAAUCCCUGAAGUUGGCAAUCCAUUCGAAUGUGCCUCGUAUAUAUACCUCCAGAUUUUUGUUACUCUUUCUCCCUUCCAAAGUUCUGUGUGACUAUUCCCAGCCAGGGGACUUUGAGACCUCUAGCCUUUUGUUCUUAGUUCGGGCCACAGUGAAGCUCAUGGUUACUACACUUUUCAGAGGCUUCCCUCCUUCUUCGAGUGAAUAUCAAAAAUAUUUAUCUGCUCAAUUGCUAAACCUGACUAUCAUUAGAAACCACUGACUCAAACAGAGACUUCAGAAGAAGACCCAGAGCCAAAGUUUGAAAGAGAACAAAAACACCUGUCAUGAGGCCACUAUUCAAGUUUUCAAUAAACAAAACUUCAGCGCUGUGAACCAAAGUCUGAUUGUUUUGGCAAAGGUAGAGUGAAACUUUGUUUAAAAAGAGUAGAAAAAGUAAGUGUCCUAUUCUCAUGUAUUGAAAUAUUUUAUGUAAACAUGUUGAAAUUUUUGAAAGUAUGUUUUUUUUUAAAUGUAGAAUGAAGUAAACUAAUAUAUGGUCAUAUGUAGGCAUAUUAUUUUGCCAGACUGCAAUUCUGUUUUUUGACUUUCAUGAAGUUUUGUAGUUUAUCCAAACUGAAUUGUUUGUUUUUAAAUUCUCUGUGCUAUUUGCAAGAAGAUGGUUUGAACUUUCUGCCAGUGUUCUUGUAUGAUUUAAUAACUUGCAAAGUUUGGAUUGAGUUUUCUGCCUAGAAGAAGUUAAGCAACUUUUUUAAAAAUUUGGCUAACCUGCCUCAAUUGAGCCUUGUGGAUUCUAUGGAUAAACUUGAUUUGUUGUAAAUUAUUAAUGACUGUGAAUUUUUUGACUUUGUGUUUAAAUAGAUUGUAUUUAUAUAUUUUUGUAUGAUUAUGUAAAUAUAUUAAGAAAAGCAACAGUAUUUUCAAAACCUAUAAGAAUACAUAUUGAAAAUAAAUAUGUAAAAUCAA